CCUUUUUCCUCCGGCAGACUGUAGAGCCGGCGACCGGCGGGACAGCCAAGCAGCCACGACCCGCUGCUGCAAACUCGGACCGGACAGGCAGGACCACAGGUCCACACGGACAGAGCAAGUGUGACACUGCUGGGUCCCCCUCACUGUGUGCAGCGGCACCAUGGCAGCUAUGGGACCAGGGGACAGAGCUGGAGCAGAGACAGGCUGCUCGUUGGGACGACAGGACGCCGUCUCUACAACGAGCAGCAGCAACAGGCCUGACGUGCAGCAGAAUCUGGCAGAGAAAGCGCUCAAAGACUGUGGGCCUCACAAGAGCAAGACCAUGAUCUGGGGCAGCCUCGCCGCUCAGAGACAAAACAUGACAGCCACGGCUACAGGAGAGGCUCCCUACAGCUUCAGGAGUCCAGAGUCAGUGGAGAUGGAUGAGAUCAUGGCGGCCAUGGUUCUGACCAGUCUGUCCUGCAGCCCUGUGGUCCAAAGCCCCCCACAGACUGAUCCUGGACCAGCUGGCUCAUCAUCAUCGGUUGACAUGGAGAGCGGUGGCGGCGAGCUCUCAGACAGUGGCAGCAGCGGCUACUGGAGCUGGGACCACGGCAACGGGAGCCCCACCCCCUCGCCCUCUAUCACUGAGAUAGACAGCAGUCCUGAUGAAGGCCUGCACAUGGAGCGGGAGCAGGGAGAGGAGCAGACUGCCAAAAAGCUAAAGAGUUCUUUCAGAAGUGUGUAUAAGUGUCUGUGGCCCAGUUGUGGCAAAGUGCUUACAUCUUCAGUUGGGAUUAAAAGACACAUCCGUGUGAUGCAUCUGGGCAGUGGAUCAGAUCAGUCCCAGAGGGAGGAGGACUUCUACUACACCAAGAUCUGCUGUGAAACCGUGGAGACCAGUUCUACUGCAGCUCCAGUCCAGCAGGCUCUGGGCCAGGCCUCCUCCACUCAUCCCGGCUGGGCCUCUUGUGGUUCCCCUCCAGGUUCAGAGCUCCAGAUCCCUCUGGCCCCUAGGCCCAGGUCCAACUCAAGCUCCGGGCCUGGCCCAAUCAGGCCCAGUCCACUCAGCCAGUCGGCCCCCAGCAGCUUCUGGCAGAUCCAUUCUGAGCAUCUCUAUCAGGCCUGUAGUCCUGUCCAGGUAUCUGCAGCCCCCAAAAGCCCUUGCAGCCAGGGUUGGACCCCUUCCGCCUCCGUCUCCAGCCACAGUAACCUUCCGAUGGUGAAACCUCGCUGCCGGUCUGUCAGUGUCGGGGAACAAUGGCUCCAGCAGAACAAGCUGCAGCCGAUGAGUGCGUCUCCCUCCCGCACUCACUGCUCCUUCAGGAAAGGUCGUGGGGAGGCCAAGAAGUGCCGGAAGGUGUACGGAGUGGAGCGUAAGGAUCAGUGGUGCACCGCCUGCCGCUGGAAAAAGGCCUGCCAGCGCUUCCCCGAUUAGAUAUGAAGGCGAGAGAGCCUGAGAGGACAAAAAAAUGUAAAACCUGGACAGAUGGAUGAGUGUGAAUAGAGACUUUUAUCAAAAAAGAGAAUAUAAAUCAGGGCCUGUGAGCCAUGAAGAAAAAGUUCUUUUACGUGUUAUCUUUAUGGGGUUUUUUUGUUUGUUUGUUUUUUUUAUUAAUUUUUAUUUCUUUCCUCAAGGAAUGCAAAUGGACUUUUGUGUAUCUUUGUAUCUUUGAUCCUGGAAACUUAAGUCUGCAAUGGUGCUGUUGACUGACUUUGACCAUGUGAUGUGCUAAGCCUACAAUACUCUCCUACUUUAUCCAAAGGUCAUAUUACUGCCCCUGUAGCUCCACUGUAUUAGACUGCUACUUGGCUGUUUUCUUUAUUCAAGUCUUCUCUUCCAGUGGUUACACAGUGGUUAUGAUGUACAUUAUAUUGUGUAUUUUGAGUUAUGUAUGAGUAUUUUCUACUUUUUUUUUUUUUUUUUUGUAUCGUCUUGUUUAGCCCGUGUACUGGGCAGAAUGGGUUGUCUUUUUUUUAAAUGUUUUUUGCACUUUGUUGGAAUAUUAACUCACAAGAAUAAGCUACGUUUGGUUUGACUCAACCAAAUUCCUUCCAUGAAAUUAGUCUCCUUCCUGCCCACAUGUUGGCAUACGACCAGUAUUAAUGGUUUUAUCCGUGAAGCUUUGGAGUCAUGGCAGUGGGGACAAGCAUUAGGGGAACGAGUUUGUAUUAAAGGACAUAUAUUGUCAAACACAAUAAAAAGCACUGAGAGUUUACAAUGCUUUUUUUUU